CCAUCCAUCAUUCCAUCCCGUCCCCCAUCUUUCCUGGCUCAGGUCCUCCCCCGCUUGGCCCCGUCGCAAUCCACCAAUACAUCAUACCUGGGCAGGCACCUCACCUCGCAAUCCCACGUUUCUACCUACCUAUCUCCGUGCGCCCACCCCCAUAACUCCAGCCGCAGCCAAUUACUACCUUACCUACUGCUACCACUUACCUCACUACUCCCACCACCACCACCACUACUACGGCUACAUCCUCACAGCAUCACCACCCGGCGAGCUCACGUACCCGGCCACUCGUAUACCCUUCCCUUUAUAGCAUCGCAUCGUCCUUUUCCCCCAUUGCAUUGUUUCUUCUUUCUUGCAUGCGUAAUCCGUAAUCGAUCAUAACCCCCCCGCGCUACCGCUCGAAAAUGGCCAAGAAAGCGCGCCAGAGAGUCAGCUAUGUCCUCGAGCUCCCAGCUGGUUCGCAAGGUGGCGGCCACAGACUAGGCGUCAAUGGCCUCGCCGUCGACAAGGACAAUGGCAUUCUAUACUCGGGAGCCCGCGAUGGCUACAUUUGCGCAUGGGACCUCAACCUCAACCUCCAGACCGGCGGAAGCGUACCACCCCCCGAGACCAAGACCAAGACAGCCUUCCGCUCCCAGACCCAGGCGCACAUGGCAUGGAUCAACGACAUUGUCCUCGCCAACAACAACUCAGCCGUCGUCACCGCCUCCAACGACCUGACGGUCAAGGUCUGGCGCCCACACUCCGAGACGAACGAUAUCGCCGCGACCAUUGGAGGGCACGCCGACUAUGUCAAGUGCGUUGCUACACCCCCUGGCGGCUCCGUCAACUGGGUUGCCUCGGGUGGUUUCGAUCGCAAGAUAUACCUGUGGGACCUGAACGGAGGAGGCAAGACUCUCGAGAUCGACACACAGGGCGACGAGGUUGCGGAGAAGGGCUCCAUUUAUGCCUUGAGCGUCGGCCACAGCAUCAUGGCCAACGGUGGCCCCGAGUCGGUUGUGCGCUUAUGGGAUCCUCGUUCCGGCAAGAGGGUGACCAAGUUUGUCGGCCACACGGAUAAUGUGCGCGGCGUCCUGCUCAACGAGGCGGGCGACAAGGUGCUUACGGCCAGUUCCGAUCACACGAUCAAGCUCUGGAGUGUCACGGCUGGACGUUGUAUGUACACAUUCACCAUGCACGAAGACAGCGUCUGGUCACUCUUCUCGGAUGACCCUGAGCUGGGCACCUUUUACAGCAGUGAUAGGUCCGGUUUCGUUGUGAAAACGGACGUCCGCGGGAACCUUGAAGACCUCGACGACGGAAUUUCUGUUGCUGUCGCCCACGAAUCUCACUCGAUCAGCAAGGUCGUGGCGGCCGGCGACUACAUCUGGACGGCAACUAACACUUCGUCGAUUAACCGGUGGUCCAAUAUCGACACAGGCCCUGACCUGCAACUUCCCGAGGCCUUCCAACGCCAGCGGGCUGCAUCGACGGCUUCGAGAACUAGACAACCCUCGAGUCCUCCACCUGCGAACCCCCCGAAGAAGGAAAUCUCACCAAGAUCGAUCUUGCGCAUCUCCAACACGGCAACAUUCCCAGUGCAAGCCGCUCCUGGCCCAGAAUCUCCACCGGCAGUUGGAAAUCAUGUGCCGCACGGGACCGAGCCUAUCAACCAGAACCCGGAGGAGACCAUUGAGGGUCAGUUUGGUUUGGUCAAGCACAGGCUUUUGAACGACAGGAGGAGAGUUCUGACGCUGGACACGGCCGGUGACGUUCUCAUGUGGGAUCUCAUCAAGUGUAAACCAAUCCAAAAGUUUGCAAAAAAGCACCUAGAAGACGUUGAGAUUGAAGUCAACACCACGGAAGCUGUGGCUCCGUGGUGCUCCAUCGACAUCAGCUCCGGAAGUCUUACUGUAGUUCUGGAACCGUUCAAUUGCUUCGAUGCAGAGAUGUAUGCGGACGACCUGGAGUUGGAGGAGCCAGUAGAGUUCCGAGAGGACCAGAGAAUCAAUCUCGGCAAAUGGAUCCUUCGCUACCUGUUUGCUGGCUUGAUCGACGAGGAAAUCAAACGCGAUGAAGCGUACCGUGCCACGCUCAACGAAGCCGUCGAACGGAGACUGCAAGCAAGCCGUGCAAACCCUCCAUCGUCAAUAGCGAUUCCUACCGACAAUGCAUGGGAUGAGAGUUCGGGAAUGACACCACGUGCGAAUGGCUCUCACUACCCCAUGACACCUGGCAUGGCUAUUGGCCUCGCCACACCGGGGGCUUCUGGACGCCUUCACGACGUGCCAGAAGGAGCAGCCACUCCAUCCAGUCCCCUCGACAACAAAUCAUCUCAGUUCAGCCGGCCGUCAACCGAGCGAGAAGACUAUUUUACAAGCGCCAUUGGGCCGAUCGAAGGCGCUUCGAAGCCUACUGCAGCACCCGCAACGCCUGCCGAGCAAACAGCAGCUCCCGAUGCCAAGACUCCAGUAGACGCAGGCAAAGACAAGGAGAAGGAGAAGGACAAGGAAAAAGACAAGGACAAGGACGCAACCAAUGGAAAGUCGCCCAGCACACCGUUUGGCAAGAAAUUCCGCAUGGGCAUGGGCAUGUCUUUUGGUAGCAAGAAGAGUGGACGAUCGGCGUCGACCACUGCGCCGGAGAAACCGGCUGUGGUGGACGAGAAGGCUGAAGAAUCCGAGGCAUCAUCAACCCACGAGAAGGAAGUCGACGACAGUUUCCUGGGCGCCAUCCAGAAGAUUCGCAAUGAUUACGACAAGUCACUGACUGAGAAUCCCGAGAAGCUCAUCGAGACAAAGGUUACGCCAAGCUUGGCAAACGACACACCGGUGCUCAAACUACCUCCUGGUACAAAGGUUGUUCUCCAGGAAGAGACGACUGGUGGAAGCGCCAACAUCUAUCAGGGCACUGUUGAGACAGUCGGCCAGGGGGCGGAUAUCAUUGAGCAAUGCGGUCCCAUGUGGUUGGGCGAGGUGCUGCUCCAGAAUCAGAUCCCUAUCAAGGAGCCUGUCAAGGUCUCAUUCGUCCUUCAGCCAUGGCAGAACAGCCUGCCCGACAUCGCGACAACGGAUGGCAACAAUCGUCUCAACGCUAACAGGAUGUUACGUGUCAAGAAGAUCUUGGCGUACGUUGCGGAACGCAUCGAUCCCCAGCCAGAGAACCCUGAGCCUGAUGCUCUCCUGCCUCACGAGUACUUGGAGCUGUACUGUAACGAACAGUUGCUACCCAUCACAAUGACCCUUGCAACCCUACGAGCUCACAUUUGGAAGGGUGGCAACGACGUGCAGCUUCACUACAAGGCAAAUGGGCGCAAGGAGAUCAAGGAGAUCAAGGAGAUCAAGGAGGCUCCCAAGGCGGAAACCGAACCUGCAGCGGUAGCACCGUCAGCAGCGGAAUCUGACCCUGCACCAUCGACAGGCACCGCAACACCUCCAACGACAGGAUAGUCUCUGUCUCUAGUGGCAGGGUGGUGGCAAGGGAGACCACACCUCCAAGUAAGCUUGCAAAAGAUACAGCCACCGCAAAGCUUCAAAACCAUGAGUGUGGUAAAGAAAGCCGACCAAGAGCAGUACAUGCAACCUGCGCCUUCUGAACUAACUCCGCCACGAUCAUGGGGGACAUCUACGGCUGCCUCGGCCUCGCGAUAGUCUCGAGUGGUAGACAGGGUGCGUCCGACCAGGGAGUGCCACUGGCAUAGAGAUGGCACAUGGACCACAAAGUACAAGUGGGCAUUUUCGUCACGAGAGUUGCAUGUUGCUGUACGACGUGAGUCAAACGGCCAUGGCCUGUGAUGUCUAGUCAGUACGGGUAUAAUGGCGUUUUUCAGUAAUGUACAUAGCGGAAAAGUUGUCAAGUCGCAGGCAGCCCUUCUGGCUGCGUGCUCGAAGCGUAUGUUUAUACAGCAGGAGGGCAAGUUGAGGGCCCCCAAAUACAGAAAUUCUUUUUCCCUUUU